UUCUAGUCCAGCAGCUAGUCCACGGCUUUGGCCACAAUGGGCCUUUCCUGAAAUGACUGUGGCUCCAGGACCAGGCCCUGCCUGCUGAUAACUCUGCCCUUGCCCAGGAGGAGGUAGGAUUGGGGAGGAGAAGAUGGCCCCUGUGCUGCUGUCACCUGAGACCCCGCAGGAAGCAGUGACCUUCAAGGAUGUGGUGGUGGACUUCACCCAGGAGGAAUGGACUUACCUGGACUCCUCUCAGAAGGAGAUUUACAGGGAUGUAAUGCUGGAGAACUAUAGUAACUUGGUCUCUCUGGGACUUGCAUUUUCCAAACCAUACAUCAUCUACCAGUUGGAGAGAAGGGAAGCACCAUGGAUUCCAGAGGGAGACAUACCAAGGAUUAGCCAUCCAGAUUGGGAUACUCGGCAAGAAUCAAAGGAACCCACUCCAAAAUUGAGCAUUUCAAUGGAACAGUCAUCCCUGGAAAUACUUAAGAGGGAUAGUCUGCUCUUUCCCCCACAGGGACAAUGUAGGAAAUAUGGUAUCAUGCCACAGAGACAUCUGACCAAUGAAGAAAAGCAUUUCUGGCAAGUCAAAAUCACACCAAAGGAACAUCCCAAUAAAUCUAGAGUCUGUGAACAAAUGAGUUAUGACAGGACCUUCAAUCCAGGACCAAUCUUUUCCCCACGGCAGCUAGCUAGAAAGAGUCUGAGUCCAUGUGACACCUGUGGAAAGUACUUUAGGCUGCACAGAGAUAGACCAAAAUGUAGUAGUAGAUGCUUAAAGAAAACAGCCAAAUAUAAUGAAUAUGGGAAAUGCUAUAAGCAUAAUUCAGCUUUUGUUGACAGUUGUGGAAGAGGUGCAGUAGAGAAAAUUUAUGACCGUAAUGGAUGGAAGAUCUCAAGGAAACAGUGUAUUCUUCCUGAGAAAAUUCAUUCUGGAGAGAAAACUUAUGAAAGUAAUGAAUGUGGAAGUACCUUUUGCCUAAGGAUUGAUACUCUCAAAUAUCAGAAUAUUCAUAACAGUGACAAACCUUAUGAAUGUAAUGUAUGUGGGAAGACAUUUCGGCUAAAAGCCCAACUAAAUCAACAUCAGACAAUUCAUAGUGGUGAGAAACCAUAUAAAUGUAAUGAAUGUGGGAAGGCCUUUAGACUCAAAGGACAACUUACUGAACACCAGAAAAUUCACACUGGUGAGAAACCUUAUAAAUGUAAUGAAUGUGGGAAAGCCUUCUGCCGGCGCUCAAACCUUACUGAACAUCAUAGAAUUCAUACUGGUGAGAAACCUUAUCAGUGUAAUGAAUGUGGGAAAGCCUUUCAACUAAAAGGACAUCUUAAUGAACAUCAGAAAAUUCAUAGCGGUGAGAAACCUUAUAAAUGUAAUGAAUGUGGUAAGGCCUUCUGCCACCGCACAUACCUUACUAAACAUCAGAAAAUUCAUUCUGGUCGGAAGCCUUAUGAAUGUAAUGAAUGUGGGAGGGCCUUCUGCAUGAGCACAGCUCUAACGGUACAUCAGAGAAUCCAUACUGGUGAGAAACCCUAUGAAUGUAAUCUAUGUGGGAAAGCCUUUAGAGUUAAAGCACAGCUUAAUCAACAUCAGUCAAUUCAUACUGGUGAGAAACCUUUUGAAUGUAAUGAAUGUGGAAAGGCCUUUAGACUAAAAGGAUGGCUUACUGAACAUCAGAAAAUUCAUAGUGGAGAGAAACCUUAUCAGUGUAAUGAAUGUGGCAAGGCCUUCUGCAAGCGCUCAAACCUUACUGAACACCAGAGAAUUCACACUGGAGACAAACCUUACGAAUGUAUUGAAUGUCAGAAGGCCUUUAGCCAGAAACUAAAGCUUUUUCAACAUCAGAGAAUUCAUACUGGUGAGAAACCUUAUGAAUGUAAUGAAUGUGGAAGGGCCUUUUGCCUAAGCACAACUCUUACAGAACACCGGAGAAUUCAUACUGGAGAGAAACCUCAUGAGUGUGUUGAAUGUGGAAAGACCUUCCGUCUAAAAGCACAGCUUAAUCAACAUCGAAGAAUUCAUACUGGAGAAAAACCUUAUAAAUGUAAUCAGUGUGGGAAGGCCUUUUGUAAGCAAUCAAACCUUACUGACCAUCAGAAAAUUCAUACUGGAGAGAAACCUCACGAAUGUAUUGAAUGUGGGAAGGCCUUCAGCCAGAAAAUAAAGCUUACUCAACAUCAGACAAUUCAUACUGGUGAGAAACCCUAUGAAUGUAAUGAAUGUGGGAAAUCUUUCCGACUGAGCACAGGACUUACUGAACACCACAGAAUUCAUACUGGGGAGAAGCAUUAUGAAUGUAAUGAAUGUGGGAAGACCUUCCGCCUAAAAGCACAGCUUAAUCAACAUUGGAGAAUUCAUACUGGAGAGAAACCUUAUGAAUGUGAUAAAUGUGGAAAGGCCUUUGGACAUAGGUCAGGACUUACUCAACAUCAGAAAAUUCAUACUGGACAGAAACCUUAUGAAUGUAAUGAAUGUGGGAAGGCCUUCAGAUGGAUCACAGGACUUACUCAACAUCAGAGAAUUCAUACUGGAGAGAAACCUUAUGAAUGUAAUGAAUGUGGGAAGGCCUUCUAUUGGAAUACAGCUCUAACGAAACAUCAGAAAAUGCAUUCUACGAUUCAUACUGGUGAAAAACCAUAUAAAUGUAACAAUUGUGGAAAGGCCUUUCGACUAAAAGGACAACUUAAUGAACAUCAGAAAAUUCAUACUGGUGAGAAACCUUAUAAAUGUAAUGAAUGUGGGAAGGCCUUUUGCAGGCGUUCAAACCUCACUGAACAUCAGAGAAUUCACACUGGUGAGAAACCUUAUGAAUGUAAUGAAUGUGGCAGGGCCUUCUGUCUGAGUGCAGCUCUUACUAAACAUCAGAGAAUUCAUACUGGUGAGAAACCCUAUGAAUGUAAUCUAUGUGGGAAAGCCUUUAGACUUAAGGCACAGCUUAAUCAACAUCAAUCGAUUCACACAGGUGAGAAACCAUUUGAAUGUAAUGAAUGUGGAAAGGCUUUCCGUCAAAAAGGACAGCUUAAUGAACAUCAAAAAAUUCAUACUGGUGAGAAACCUUAUCAAUGUAGUGAAUGUGGCAAGGCCUUCUGCAGGCGUUCAAACCUCACUGAACAUCAGAGAAUUCAUACUGGUGAGAAACCUUAUGAAUGUAAUGAAUGUGGGAGGGCCUUCUGCCUCAGUACAACUCUUACUGAGCACCAGAGAAUUCAUACUGGUGAGAAACCUCAUGAAUGUAUUGAAUGUGGGAAGGCCUUCCGCCUAAAAGCACAGCUUAAUCAACAUCGAAGAAUUCAUACUGGAGAAAAACCUUAUAAAUGUAACCAAUGUGGGAAGGCCUUUUGUAGGCGCUCUAACCUUACAGAGCAUCAGAAAAUUCAUACUGGAGAGAAACCAUAUGAAUGUUUUGAAUGUGGGAAGGCCUUUAGCCAGAAAGUAAAACUUAUUCAACAUCAGACAAUUCAUACUGGUGAGAAACCUUAUGAAUGUAAUGAAUGUGAGAAAUCCUUCCGUCUGAGCACAGCACUUACUGAACACCAGAGAAUUCAUACUGGAGAGAAACCUUAUGAAUGUGGUGAAUGUGGCAAGGCCUUCCGACUAAAAGCACAGCUGAAUCAACAUCGGAGAAUUCAUACUGGGGAGAAACCUUACGAAUGUGAUAAAUGCGCGAAGGCUUUCUGUUGGGGCACACAGCUCAUAGAACAUAAAAGAAUUCAUUCUGGAAUAAAACCUUAUGAAUGUAGUGAAUGUGGAGUGUCAUUCCACCUGAGAAAAGAGUAUACUCAACAUCAGAGAAUUCAUUCUACAAAGAAAAUAUAUGGAUAUGAUUGAGGGAAGGCUUUGUUCCUGAGCAAGCAUUGUACUCAUCAUCAGCUUGUACUAAUCAGAAAAAAAAAAAACCCAUAUAUUUGAUGAAUAUGGAAAGCCUUUAAAUCAGAGCACAAAACUAAUUCAACAUCAAAUGAAUAUAAAAAUAUGGAUAUAACAAACCAAUGAAAUGCUCAAGCUAGAGUUAUCAUCCUUUACUAAAAAUUAGACAAUUGAAACUUAGGGAAACCCUUUCUCACAGUAGCUAUCCCAGCCCUAUUCCUUCUCAUAUCUACAAUACCAAACUUAUUCCAUGACUUAGACUCAAUUACUGAAAAAAUUCAUGACAGUCUCCUAGAUGCUCCCUCAGCUUGCCUACUUAACCUUUUAUCUGAAAGCUAUCAACCACACACACUCAUUUCUGUCACAAAGGAAAAAAUAUACUUUCCUUGCUUUAAGAUUAUUUUCUCACUCCAACUUAAUCCCACUGCCCCCCCCCCCUUGCUAAUUCCAGGAUAUUACUCCAGCAAUGAGGCUUCUUCACUGUAUUCAUCUAGAUCAAGAUAUUCCCAGCACUCUACAGUUAAACUAUCCAGUUAAAGAAAUGCUGAUUUUAAAAAAUAUAUGCAAUUCACUAUGCUUCUAUAGAUACAGACAAAACCUUUUUUUAAGCCCUGGUCUUCUCAGAGAUUACUUUUGAAAGUAGAGGACACUUCAGUGAAUUAGCAUGUGAUGGGAAGGUAGGUAGUCCCAACUAAGGGGAUCCCAAAGAGAUCCCAGUUAUUACUGGGUGGCUAUGGAGUUGACCAUUAAACGAAGCUAACAGGGUUUUAAAAGGUGAAGUGAAGAGUGCAUUUCAAGAUGUAUAGAUUUGUUUUGCUUUUCUAUGCUUGAUAUUAGGGAGGGUUCUGUGGUGGGGGAGUUCUAUCGUGGUGGACAGUCAUAAUAGAAAUACAAACACAUGGCAAUACAGCAUUUUAAAGAAUUUUUCCUUUUCAUUAUUAUGUAUUUGGCAAACAUCAAAAACAUGAACAUUUCCUUAGACUAAGAGAUUGUUAACUUUUUCACGUUAGAGAUUCCUUUGGCAGCCUAGUCAAUUCCAUGGAUCUUCUUCUUAUUUUUUUUUAAUUCAUAAUGGAAAAGAAAUGUUAAACUUUAGAAGUUGUAAAAAGUAAAAUAAAGAUGUAAUUUCCCCCCAUUGUCUGAAAUCUACUCCUAGACUCCAGGUUAAGAAUACCUGCCCUGGGCAAAGAAUAGAAAAAGGAAUGAAUAUGAACAGUAAUUCUCCACUAUUUAUAGAUUGGAAUUUUUGUGUGUUUUUCUAAAUUUUACAUGGCAGUUUCAACACUGCC